UUUUCACGUUCACUUCGCGAUGGGACAACGACACGGUGAUCUAUAGUCUAUGCGACAGAGCUCUCCGGCAUGAGCCCAGGAUUAUGACAAUUCAGUGGUAUUGUCAAGUCUUGAUCGAGUCUGGACGCUACUGGACACAUGUCUCUGUUCGGCGGCGAUGACAUCGAUGCGCCGUCGCAAGAUGUAUCGAUGCACGAUGCUUCUGCAUCAGAUGCGGGUUCAAGUUUGAGCAGUACCAGUGAACAAGACUUCGCUGGCCAGUCGUAUGCCCGACAAGAAGCUCAAGAAGAACAUGGUGACGACAUCAGCGAUUACGAGACUGAAUCAGACGCCGAAUAUCGUGGCCGGCCAAACGCGUACAAAGGACACGCCGAGACCUGGCAAAGGUAUACAGCUCAAGAUCGCGCAAUCUAUUCCGGACUCCAAUUUGUGCGAGCAGAUGAUCUUAGUGCGCAUCUAUAUAACGCGUUCGCACUUACGUACAGGUUCAGGAAUGGCGAAGACUUUUCCGAAAGCCUAACAAAUCUGCGGCAUAAAAGUCUUUGGAUCGCCGCAGAGCAGAGAAAACAAUGGACUCCCCCAAAGUGGUGGACACAGUGGCCUCUUCCACCAGAUUGCGUUCCUAGUGCCAAGGAGGUUUAUGGUAGAGGAGGCGGCAGAACCGAGAAGUUCAACCGGACUUCACCUCACGAACAGAGGAACUUGGCAUAUGGAGAUCUCAUUGAGAUAAUGCUAGGUCAUUUACUGCGAAUGUCGAGGGAAAUUUGGACAAAUCGUGUCUGGGACGUGGAUGAGACCGAGCAUAGAGCACCCAAAAAGCGAAAAACACUGUCUGACAAAGCGAGCCGGCUCAAAAUCUCCAGUAGUGGCGCUGAAGAUGAAUAUCACUCUGCAUCGACAUCUUCUGAGGGUUCCAAAAAUCGACUAGAUCAGGAAUCUGACAGUAGCUCAGAUUCCGCUUCCAGCUAUUUCGCACCUCCUCGUCCACAGUCACAAGCAAUAGAACGUGAUCCCUUUGGUAGCAGUAGCUCCGAAGAUGAACCACAUGACGUCCAGCCUGUUGAUUCAAUGGAUAGUGCCAAUGAAAGUGGCUUUCGUGCUAAAUCUACACGUACACGGUCUCGAUCUGCCACGACCCGUCGCUCUGCUCGCUCGGAUACUGAAUUCAUGUCAACCACACCUUCUGGAUCUCGAACUGGCACUCCUGUUCCACCGCACUUUUCCAAGCCAGAGAUAAUGGCAGAUGAAGAGAAAGCACGACAAAUUCUACAGCCAUCUAUAAAUUCUCUGAUAUCGAACCUGGACCGUCUUCUUUGGGGUCUUGAUCUGUCAUAUCACACCAAGACUCAGUCCGCACGCAGGACUGGGGCUUCUGAGCAGCCAUUGUUCGAAGACCAGUAUCAACUAGACCCUGAUCUAACAUCAGCUCCGGACCCCAAAGCGAGUUCAAGCAAGACGCCGAGGAAAAGAGGUCGACCUCCCAAAAUGAAGCCUAUUCCUGACCCAGCCGCAUCGCCAAAGCGUGGAGGAGGAAGACCAUCAAAAUAUCCCAAGCCUCUCCCUGGAGAGUCCUACUAUAUGAUGAAGAAACGUGUCCAUAGAGAGCGGGCUCAGAUAAGAAGCGACAUCAUCGGAGAGCCAACAUCAUCAAGACCUGCGUCUCCUUCAAACACAGUACCCAACCGCCAGGCUCAAGAAGCACCUCAGCCCAUACCAAUGCCCGACCCACAAAAUCCAUCGCCUUCACGGCCAACCUCACCCCAUUCCUCCGAGCCACCCAGCCCCAGCUCAAAGAACCAUCCCAAAACGCGAGACUGGAGCGAGGUCCUCGGCGUAGCUUCGCUCUGCGGCUGGAACGAAGCCGUAGUUGCCCGCGCAGCAGCACGAUGUGCCAGUCUCUUCGGCGAAAGCAUGGCUUUCAGAACCCUGCACGAAAACACCAAGAUGGGCGACACAGAAGAGCCAUUCCAGUACCACGCAGACAUCAUACCCGCGUUCGGAGAACUCGAGAGCAGUUCCGAUGAAGCCACCACAAGUAAAGGGCACAAGAUGAGGCGCAAGUCUAACACUACUGUCCGUCCUCGUCUCGAUCCACACUCGCCAUUUUGUCCUCAUGAGGAGUGCUAUGCUCAUACGCGAGGCUUCCGGAAUCACUACGGCGUGAUCGAACACCUGAUGAAAGUCCAUGCCUAUGACCCCAGGGAAGAUGCGGAUGUACAGUCUUCCGAGGUGGAAGGUGGAGUACAUGUCGACGGCUAUAUGAAACCUGUCUGGAAGCACAACGACGAAAAGGCAAGGCCGAACAAAACGACCCCGAAGAAGGAGCCCGUGCGGAGUGGAACUACAGGAUAGAUACCCCAAUAGAGAACGAAAGGCGGCGCCUCUGAAUAAGAGAUUUCGAGUCGCUAAUCGCGCGAUUUUGUACAUGCCAACAUGAACCUCAGUACAUAAAAGCAACACAAGACAUCAAGCUGAGUUAAUAACCGACGACACUUUGAUCAUGAAACGUGUGUAACGAAGCACGACUCGUGAUUACGCGCUAUCUACCAAAGUUACGCCCCCUUCCGAAGCAUGA